GACGCUGAAGUUGUAACGCUAAUACACUGAUAAUUCGUGGUAUUUUUUUCCCCUUUUUUGGUAAUCUUCUCGCUCAUAACACUAUUAAUUUAAUACUGUAUUCGUAUCAUAUGUUAAUGAUGCACAAAGUCGGAUACCGUCUGCUGCUGUUUUGCCUUUGCUUUGGCACGGCUUAUUGUGUUGCAGCUGCUCCAGUUUCGCUGAACCUGACCGCGCCGAGCUUCUCCGUUCCCUACGGCAACUUCCGAACUCCCAUCUUCUUUGACCCUGCCCCGGCGCCCACGCGCCCUGUACUGUAUUACCCACCGGCCGCCACUUUCCUCCCGGAUGCGACAGAAAUCAUUCUCGACAAGGAAAGCGGGACCAACUGCGUCUUUGUCACAAUAAAAUUGUGGGAUGAGGAUUAUCUGUCGGCUGCUGAAGACUUCGUCCAGAAAUGCUGGACAGAUAAAGAGACCACCAUUUCGCUGAUCCCCUUCACAUGGAUCUCGGUGGAAUACUCGCUGAACAACGCAACCAGAAAAGCUGAUAACAGUUCGUGGCAGCCGAUGAGCGCACCCAUGCCGCCAACGGUAGCGCUGUGCGUCCCUUGCUCCGCCCCGGCGGCAUGCAACGAAACCAGGACUGCGAUUCAAAGCGACAGCGCCCGUUUCGCGUCACAUUUAUCCGUGUCAUUCGCCACUCAGACGCCAGGUGACAGCAGCGUCCAGACACAUUAUACGGUCACGGCGAAUACCGGGAAAAAUGUAUCGGACACUGUAGCGCCACUGGACUGCGCCAACACAGCCUUUAAACCAGAUGUCCCGUUGGAGCGUCUCCUACCCGAAAUGGUCACCGUCCAUUGGCAGAGUCGCCGAGCAAACAAUCUGUGGGCCUUUUCCGAUUCAGUUAUCAGGGUUACACUUCUCGGCGCCGACAACCAACCAUUUAACAAGACGAACGUGACAACUAGCCAUCUCACGGGUGAAUUCACGCUGACCCUCCCACGCACCGCAAACUACAGCAUCCUUUUCGAAACCUCUGGAUUCUCUGGCAUAUCAUAUGCUCCAAUCAUUCUGCGCAACUUUACCCACCUGUUUAACUUAAGCAGCGAAAUUUUCAUGGAACCGCUCCUCUUUAUUGACAGGAAUUUUACGGGAAGCGGAAAAGCCGGAGGAGCCAUUCGCCUGGUUAAUACUAGUGGUGCUUACUCUGCUUCCGGAAUUGAAGUUCAGCUGCGCGCUGGGUUGAACAACUUUACGGGUCCUGUGGCGGCUACCACAACAAGUAAAAAUGGAACGUGGUCCGUGACGCUUCCGGCAGGACUCUACACAGCUACAGUAACGGACCCUAACGGCAAUUUCACGGCACCACCGUUUACCGUGGUACCGGGAAGCGAAAGCCUUCGCGACUGGGCGAUGACACCACAGUUUGCUAAAGGAGACAUUAGAAUCGUCUUGCGAGGAACCGGAUUUGCGGUUAGCGGCAACUUCGGUCCGUACGAUCUUAAGUUAUCGGUUUCCGGGCCACUGCAGAAUAACACUAGCCAGCGUGCAGAGGUGCGCGGGAAUGCCACUGCCAGCGCGGACAAUUUGAUGGUCUACGACUAUGUGGACCGGAUAUUUGGAAGCGUACUGAUCCGGAAACAGCUGCCCGGUGUUUACCGCAUCCAGGUCUAUGAAGCCGAUGCGAUACUGCCGAAACCGACGACCCGCUUCCCGGAAUGGAAUCUGGCCAACUCGCAGUCCAUGGUGGAGGUGUACCGGGGUGACCUGUUAUGGGCGCAGUAUUUCGUGCCGAUUAAAAGCGGGAAUACGUGGACUGUGGCCGAAAUUAACGGUACGCAAAUCAAUGCCGUCAACGACAUGCAGACCGUCCCCCAUGAGCCUACUAAAGCGUUGCAGGCAGGUCCCCCGCCAGCUGUUCUGGAGUUUCGUUAACGUCAACGGAUCUUACUGCUAUCAACGAAAGGAACACCGUUAGAAAGUUCUGCGGCCAUCGGAGAAAACCCGUGCUUCCGAUGAAAAAGAUGCAUUACAACGUGUAAUCAUACUGCACAUUGCAUAACAAUCCAUAAUCAAGCAGCGUCACAGAGCCAGAUUUUUAUAUUAUGAAAAACGUCUAGCUGUUUGUCAUCUCAAA